CUCUUCCAUCUCUCUCUUAUACACUCUCCAACCGUCUCUCUCUCUCUGCCUCUCAUUUUGCCCUUUCUCUCUCUCUUACUGCACCUGAAAUCAUGACGACGAGGAUUGGCCAACUGGCCCAGCACUUGGACCCGCGGACGUGGUCGGGCAAAGGGCUGGCGGCGCACAGCGUCAAGAAUGAAAAUGACGUCGUCAUCGUGGCGAUUGGACGGACGCCAUUCUGCAAGGCUCGCAAGGGCAGCCUCAAGGAUACUCCAUUUGACGUUUUGCUUCUCGAGACCUUCAAGGGCAUGCUCAGCACUUCUCAGAUUGACCCCAAGCUCAUUGAAGAAGUGGCAGUGGGAAAUGUACGCAACGAAAACGGAGCCUACUGCGUUCGCGCCGCUGCGCUCGCGGCGGGCAUCCCGAACACGGCGCCUACCCUCGUCGUGAACCGGUUCUGCUCGAGCGGUCUCAUGGCUGUCCGAAGCGUGGCCAACCAGAUCCAGGCCGGUGAGAUCGACUGCGGACUGGCAGUGGGAUGUGAGAGCAUGUCGAACCACGCCAAGGAGGAGUGGGGGUACUCGCCUGAGGUCAGCGGUGCCAACCAGGAAGCAGCAGAUUGCAAGAUGCCCAUGGGCUGGACAUCGGAAAAUGUUGCCGGCGACUUCAACAUCUCGCGCGAGAAGAUGGAUGCCUUUGCUGCUCGUUCUCACCAGCGCGCGGCGGCUGCACAAGCUUCGGGCCGAUUUGAUGCUGAGAUCUUCCCCAUCACUGUGCCUGUCUCGCUCGAUGGCGGCAAAGGAGUCGAAAAGACGUACGCGACCGUCUCAAAGGACGAUGGAAUCCGAGCCAACUCGACCCCAGAGGGUCUUGCCAAAAUCAAGCCCGCCUUCCCCCAAUGGGCACCCGCGCAGACGACAGGAGGAAAUGCCUCGCAGCUCACCGACGGCGCUGCGGGCAUCCUUCUCAUGCGCCGCUCCAUGGCCCAGAAGCUCGGCAAGCCCAUCCUGGCAAAGUACGUCGCGACGGCCGUGUCCGGUCUGCCCCCUCGCAUCAUGGGCAUCGGACCCAGCCUGGCCAUUCCCAGGGUUCUCGAAUUGACGGGCAUCACAAAAGAGCAAGUGGACAUCUUUGAGAUCAACGAGGCCUUUGCAAGCAUGGCCGUCUACUGCGAGGAGAAGCUUGAGAUCGACCCAGAGAAGCUGAACGUCAACGGAGGCGCUUGCGCCCUCGGCCAUCCUCUCGGUGCUACCGGCGCUCGCCUUGUGGUCACUGCUCUGAAGGAGCUCGAACGGCGACAAGGACGGGUCGCCGUCGUGAGCAUGUGCAUCGGCCUUGGCAUGGGCGCGGCUGGCCUCUUCAUUCGUGAAGAUUGAGACUGUAUUCAUUUCUAUGUCGUCGUCCAAUGUGAAAACAGUGACGUCCCUCUGAGAGCAAAUCACUUCUUCCCUCC